CACAGUCCAACAACACAUUUGCCAACUAUGACUAAACCUCGAUGAACUCAUCAACGAAAUUAACUUGCUUGUUACGGUUGGGCGCUCAAGUCCUCAGAUCGAGUGCCCUUGCGAUCAACGCACGCAACACCAUAUCCCGGCCAGUUUUCAUACGCACAAUGGCCUAUAACGCGCCUGAGUCAGCAAGCCCACAACAGACAGCACAGGCCCAGGAAUCGCAGCGAAAUGAUCCAGACGCUCAACCAUCUACAAAGGGCCCUCUGUCCCUACCAGAGCCGGGCUCAGACGCAACACAACUCAACGUCAACGGCGAAGGUGUCAGGCUGGACCACCUGGGGCCACUCGUAGUCAAUAAGGACGGCUCGCUCUCCAGGAUCGCGAACUGGGACAAGAUGGCAGAGAUUGAGAAGCAGAAUACGCUGAGGAUACUGGGAAAAAGAAAUCAGCUACGACUGAAUGGCUUGAAGCAUCAAGCUGAGGGUGAGGGGAAAUAGGAGGGUGCAGUAAGGGGAAGAGAUUGGUUUGGAGAAGCGAACAUAGAGUUGGUUUAUGAAUCAAUGGGUUUGAAAGACGGGAUGCGCUACUUGGAAGCCCACGUAUGUACUUCGUGAUUUUCGACGUGUGUUAAUGCCUGAUCGUUUCGACCCAGGCAACGUCUUUACGCGCGUGCAGUAGCAACUUGCGAAAGACUCGUCGAUGAAGCCGUGGUAAGACUGCUUCCAGAAAGUUGAGGUCGACGCAGUCCCCCAAGCCACAUAACUGGAAGGUGACACAAAUCACUCAAGCUCUUCAAUGUCGCUGCAUUAGCAAAAGUGAGAUGAACAGGGUGGCGUAUACGCGCUGAUAUCGCCUUGCGGUCGGCAUUGAAGUAGCACUGGAUCGUAGUCUGUCGAAGGCUAAUCAACUUCCACAAGCCCGCUAUACUCAAGCUGAGUGCCUCGUGACUUCAAUGGACAAAGUUCUGGAG